AUGUCACCUCUGACACAGCCCUCAUCUGACAGCGAAGAGGCCUGCCAUAAUGCAACUGCGUUGUUCAUCAAUACUGGCAUGCAGUCGAACAUCACGCCAGAUGCACCUUACAGCCCAGAUAGCGAACAUGGGGGAUCAACAUACUGGAAUGAGUUUACGACCUUAGGCGAUGUCCAGGACACAGAGGACCUUGCUGGUGACCCUACACCUGGAGAAACGGCAGAUCGCCCUGAUAACAUCAACACAUCAGACCACCCCCUUGCUGUAGUCCCAGAUUAUACCGUGCCGGCCCGUCCUCCAAUCUCCCUUGAUCGUAUUGGUCAAGACUUACUUGCCGCUUUUUCCGCUAUGCACGAGCUCCUUCCCAACCAUGCCCCUCUUCUCAUCCCAGCUGCCAUAGUCUUUGGCUCGCAAAUCCAGGGAGAAACACGCUAUGGAGUUUACCGGCACGUUGACCUUCCAUCGUCCAUCUCGCUUUCACCAUCAGUUAGCCAGAUCAUUGGUGCUCUGCAGUUACUGGACAGCUUCAGAGAGUCAUCAACCUCUAUCCUAUCUGCAAGUGGAUAUCACCUUGGCUACUGCACCGUUCCUUCGCCCGAAACCGGAUCUGAAUUUCACGUCAUCGGCCCCCUUCCUUUAUCCUCGGACGACCAGCAGGUGGCAUGCCUACCAUGCGAUAGGACCGUCGCUGGUACACAAGAGUUUUAUCAACGCUACUCUUUGGCAGAGGAACGCGAGCUCUUUUGGCUUGAAGUACGGCCUAUCAUGAACACUCCCAGUGUCCCACCUACCUCGGGCAGGACGGCAACAGCAACAUCACCUAUUCCAGAAGCGGUACUUGCUUACCUGGACGCACGAUUCCCUGAUGAGAAGGCCUACGCCAUCCGUCUUCAAACAUCCCCUGCUGUCUAUGGCACCGCUUACACAAACAUUCAGCUCUCGGGUUCGCAGCAGUAUUACAGCCCCGUGAGCGCUCACUUCCCGCCUGUCCCAUCGCCUCAAUAUGCCUCCUACCCGCCCGAGUCGCAUCCCCAGAGCUGGGCCCGCGUCUCGAAUCCGCCCACAUCGGGCCAAUACGUGUGGCAAGGCCCAGGAAUACCGCCUCAGUCCGUACCGGGAAAUUCGCUCCGUCGCUCGGGCUUGUAUUUGUCCCUAUCGCCGCAUUCCUGGUCCCCCACGAGCGAUUACAUGGACCAUGCGUCCGAAGGCGGGGGUAGUAAAGAGGUUUAA